GCUUGUUAGAAUUCAUUAAUUUAGCUUUGCAAACAGCUGUUACGGUCAUCUCAGCUUUACAUUAACAACAAUUAAUAUAACUUGCCCACACCUCCACUGUUAAGGGCUUCUGCCUCACACUUUCCCACAUUGCAGCUUACAGUGGCGCAUAAGCGCAUUUAACAGCGCCAGUGUUACCAUAUACUCGUCUUAAGUUUCGCCAUUUUGUGUGUAUUUUGUCCAUUCGUCGCCGCUGGUCUGUGUAUUUUGGUUUCCCAUUGUGUUUGGGGCCCAAGCGCCAAGCCACUUACGCGUCCUAUUGCUAGCAUCAGCACAGCCAGUUGCAUGCAGGCGUUCAACAGCAACGCACGCAUCGGACCAGUCACAGCGCAGAGCGCACAGCUAUUGGCAAAAUUAACUGUUUUUGGCGCGCAUUUCAAUCUGUUGGCCACAUGCAGCAGUAGACACAAGUUGUUGCUGCCCCAGCUAAUUGUAAAGCGCAUUUGAGAAAUUCAUACGACAAGUGACAGUUUUUUCUUUUAUUUAUUGAGUGAACUCUAGUUUUUUUUUUUUUUUUAAACAUUUUGUUUACGUGACUUUGUUUGUGUUUGUGUUUAGAGUGUGUGCUGGGUGUUUACUUAAAACUUUGCACACAACACAACAUGUAAAUCCUUAUCAAUGGCGUCGAGCAGCAUGCCCAAAUACCGUUACAAAUCCCCUGGCGCUGCCGGCACGCAACUCCAUUGGCUGCACUGCCUCCUGCGGCUCUGCUUGUUUACCCAAGUUGUUAAGCUGGGGGCACGCGCCGAGGAGGCCAGCACUUCGACUGGCAUCUCUGAAGAAUGGGGCUCCGGCUGGAAGGGCGGCACCAACUUUCUCGUAGAGGUCGAGGAAACAGCUGCCAUGUCACCAAAUACUGCACGUGGCAGCAGCAACACAUCCGAUGAAUACAUCGCCGAAAUAACCAACAGCCAGGAGGAGGUGCCACCCGGGGCCACCGUUGCCACAAAUGGCACAAAGCCCGAAACGGGUCCGAAGAUCAUAGUGCGCACCGAGGAAGUGCUCAUUGUUGGGCUCGUGCUCAUCCUGUGGGUGGGCGCCAUCAUGCUCUUCUUCAAUCGCUGGGGCAAGAUACGCAUGUUGGAGCCCUAUCAGCCCAAGUUCCAGCAACAGCAUCGCAGCUCCUGUCCCCUGGUCGAUAUAGAUGCGGUACCAACGCAUCAGCGCGCCUCCGUGUCCCGCAUGUCGAUGGGCAUGGUACACAAUCAUAAUCUGAAUAUGCCAACGUGUCAAUUCGCGGCCUAUAAACCGAGCCUCUAUGCAAAGGGCUACGCCUCGCAUGUCUCGCACGUGGCUCGGCCGCGCCAGAAUUCGGUAUUUGUUGGAGCCAGUACGAGUCACUAUUUGAUGCCGCGGCCGCCGAGGAAGACUCGCUCCGCCAUGGAUCUGCACUCGAUGGUGCUGGACGAGAGCGCCGAGCAGGUGUAGAUGCCUAAAAGAGAGAGCGAGAGAGGGAGAGAGAGAGAGAGAGAGAGAGAGAGAGGGAGAGAGGGAGAGAGUGAGAGAGAGAGAGAGAGAGAGAGAGAGAGAGAGAGAGAGAGGACAAAUGUUAAGGCUAAUGUGAGCGUGUGUGAGUAUGUGUAUGUGUUUUGUGUUGGGGGCGUGUGUAAAAGAGGACAGCUAGAUGUGUGUAGAUCAAGGAAUAGGUAAAUAAGAAUAUGUGUCAAUAGCGAGAAGAGCAUAAAAGAGAAAAGAAGACAUAGAAACAGUUGAAGUUACCCAAUUGCAACAACUACUAAGUAUUUACAACGUGUUCUUAAACUCAUACUAAACGCGACACUCCUAUCUCUCUCCCACUCAGUCUGUCUGUCUCUCUCUCUCUCUCUCUUUUUGCAACUUACUCUCCCAUUUGUGCUUAUUUUUUGCUGAUGCAGCGUGGUUUUAUUCAUUUUCAAUGCCAAAACAAUUGACGCACUCUUCAGUGAAGUGUGUUAAAGCAAAGAGCUCUGUAGCUGCGAUAACAAAGCUCGCUGCUAUGCAACUGCAUUGUAAACAGUUACCAUGCAUUUUGAGCUGAUAUCAAACAUAAAAGCCAUCAGCUUUUGUCUGCCGCGCUGCGUCCACGGCGCUUAAAUCAAACCUAAUUUAUAGUAUUAUUAUCUCGUAAAGCUAUCGAAUCUCUUUAUAUUUACCUUAAUUCGUAACUGUCUCCCAAAGAACAACUCGCACACACCAGUUUAUUUCGAUAUAUCUAUAAGAAAAAUAAUGAAAUUAAGUGCUAAACAUUUAUGUCGAUUGUUGUUUUGCAAAGGCUCAAUAUAUCCCACAUACGAGUACAUAUUUUGCUAUAUCCCAACUACAAGUAUCUUUAACUAUAUCUAUAUUAACAUAUUCGAGCUGAUUGUAAUGUUCGUAUAAGUUCCAUUUAAUAACUCACAAAAUAAAUACAUAUGCACCAAGUUUUCGCUUCUUGUUCAGUUAAACGAAUAUAUGUUUCGAGCUAGACUAAAACCGAAACGAGAAUCGAAUUUUAUUGGACAGAAACAGCGUGAAUAGGAUUGUAACGAAUGAUAACGAAUGACGGCAGGACGGCAGAAUGACGAACUGAAUGACAGGAACGAAUGAGAACGGUGAUCUAACGAGUUGAACUAACGAGCACGGAACUGUAACGAAUAGAAUGAACGAGAACGAGACUAAAGGAAAAUGAGUACAAAUGUGUACACAAAAAAGAAACAAAUGAAACGAAAAGUAGACUCAAAUGAAUCAAAGUAACUAAACAAAAAAAAAAAA